UGUUGUGUCGAUGGGCCCGAGGUCGUCGGCGUCGGCCCCCGACGAUUACAAACAAAGUGUUUUCGAUUUUCGCGGGAUAAGCGAGAAGGAGGAAAGGAAAAGAGACGGAGAGAUUGAUUGUACCUUUGUUGCACGGCUGUUGAUAAAGUUUGAUACUGUGAAAAAAAGGAACAAAAUUAUCGGUUUUACGAUUGCACCCUGUGUCUUGACCUUCCGUUUCGCUCAUACAUUUGUUUUUCUCGCGUCAAUGAUUACUAUUUACAUUCUUACUCUGCCUUUCCAUUAGUGUAUUGCAGCGAUAAAUAAGAACAGUAUAGCCAUUGGGCUAUGGCCAAUUUGAAUUUUGAGCAGCCACCAAGAAGUAUUGCUAAUGCUAGUGUAGCAACGCGUGGAGGCAACAGUGGGAGUAGUUUAAAUUCCUCGACCCUUGCGGGUCAUGUCACUCCCACGUCCGGUAUGUUCUCGGGCUCAUCCUCGAGCACUUCUGGUGCAGGAAACUCUGCGGUUGUCGGGCCAAAUUUAUCGUAUCAUCCAGGAGGGACAGCUACGGGCGUGGGUGGCACGCAGCCAACCUCGAAUCAUCAAUCGCAGCAGCAACAACAGCAACAGCAGCAGCAACAACAACAGCAGCAGCAACAACAACAACAACAACAACAACAGCAGCUUUCUCCUAUGAAUAGUAGAGGCCUAUUCGGUCAGAGAGCUUUCACUGGUGAUAGGCGUAAUAUGCCAACUCUAGGAAAUACUAAUCCAAUGGGUGGUAUGAGCGGUUUUGGAAUCCCACAGAAUCGUAACUACGGAUCUCAAGGUACUAUAAACAAUUUUCAUUCGGCAUUUGGUAGCGGCACGAGUGCUGGUGGAGGAGGAGACACGAGUACACCUCCGCUAUUGGAUUUGUCAGAAUUUCCUUCUUUAACUAACCGGGGACAAGGUGAUUCCUCUAUGCCCCAGCCUAGUACCAUGCCAGGCAAGCAACCAUAUGUUGGAAUGGUGAAACAGCCAACAUCCGAGGCGAGCGAGUUCACGAUGAGUUCGGAAGAUUUUCCCGCGUUACCUGGAACACAAAGUAGAGACGGGCCAUCGCCGGGAGGGAGCGUUAUGCCCGGUGAGAAGGGAUUAUCCGUUGGUUUGGGUCCUGAGCUCAGUCCAGAUGUAUUACAAGCUAACAGGACGUCCAAUUCCGACAAGUCACAGUCGACCAAAAAGGGCAUUCAAACGUCACCAGAUGGCAAAGUGACGAAUAUACCGGCAAGUAUGGUGAAAGAUCAGUUCGGAAUGGUUGGCUUACUAACGUUUAUCCGAGCAGCUGAAACGGAUCCAAAUCUCGUGACGUUAGCGUUAGGCCAAGAUCUCACAGCGCUUGGCCUCAAUCUCAAUUCACCGGAGAACCUUUAUCAAAAUUUCGGCGGCCCCUGGGCAGAAACGCCCUGUCGACCGCAAGACAUAGACUUUCACGUUCCACCAGAGUACCUUAUUAAUGCUUCCAUCAGAGAUAAGCUGGCGCCUGUAAAGUUAAAUCGAUAUAAAGACGAUCUCUUGUUUUACAUGUUUUACACGAAUGUUGGGGAUGUGUUGCAAUUGGCAGCGGCAGCGGAACUGUAUACACGGGAGUGGCGGUACCACAUGGAGGAGAAGGUGUGGAUAACGCAGGCGCCGGGCCUCGGGCUCGUCGAGAAGACCUCGACGUACGAGCGCGGUACUUACUACUACUUCGACGCGCAGAACUGGCGCAAGGUCGCGAAGGAAUUCCAUCUUGACUACACGAAGCUCGAGGGCAGACCUCACCUGCCGAACACCUUCCAUCAGAACCAGCCUUGACCGGGGCCGUCCUCGACGCCUCCUCCGCUGCCCCCGGCGCAGCCGCCCUCGCCCAUCUCCGCUCACGCGACACGGUGAAUCGCCCUCGCAGGGCGCCGUCGUAGAGCCGUGCCGCGGCUGUCGCGGCCCCGAGUCCACGGAGGCUGCUGACCGAGAAGCAUGAAGAUGAACGCGGGGCAACGGCUGCUCGCCAGGGAGAGGAGCGCACGCGUACAACACACAUACCACAUCACACCACAUUAACGGGAAAAAGAAAUAUAAAACACGGUCACUGCGCUGUUGGUAUUUUCAUGAUCUGUGCCCCUGCCAAGGGCUGGGAGAUGUCUUGUGCUAUCGUGCUGCUACGUUUUACCAAAAGCCCGGAAAGCAACUGAGCCAUUGUAUAAAUGAAUAAAUUUAACAAUCUUUAAUAAAACGAUGAGAAAUUCA